GUCCACUUCGUACUUCAAUGCUUCCUUCCCAACAGCCAAGCCCAUAAUGAAGUCCGCCAUACCUACCAUUCAACGCCUAUCACGAACGACGGCGAACGCGACCACGAGAUUCCGACCAGCCGGGUCGCCAACACCACGCCCUUCCACUCGCCGCACAUUCGCAACAACCCCACGACGUACGAAAUCCAAAGAUGACAACAAGGACGAGAACACACACCUCCCCCCAGGAGAGUUCUUCUCCGUGGUCGACGAACCCGGGACCAUAGUCCGCGCAGGCUACCGCCGCUCCACGGCCGGCCUUCUUUUCCUCGCCAUCAUCCCCGUGACGGCCUUCAUCCUAGGCACAUGGCAGGUCCAGCGCCUCAAGUGGAAGACCGACCUGAUCGCCCGCCUCGAGGACCGCCUGGUCCGCGACCCCCUCCCGCUGCCGCCGCGCAUCGACCCGUCCGCCGUCCCCGAGUUCGACUACCGCCGCGUCGUCGCCACCGGCCGCUUCCGCCACGACCGCGAAAUGCUCAUCGGCCCGCGCAUGCGCGAUGGGGAGCAAGGCUACAUGGUCGUCACCCCGCUCGAGCGGCCUGACGGCGCGAGCACGAUCCUCGUCAACCGGGGCUGGAUCAGCAAGAAGAUGGGCGACCAGCGCGCCAGGUCGCCCGACGCCCUGCCGCGGGGUAUGGUCACCGUUGAGGGCCUGUUGCGGGAGCCAUGGAAGAAGAACAUGUUCACCCCGGAUAACAAGCCCGAGAAGGGAGAGUUUUACUUCCCCGAUGUGCGAGAAAUGGCUGCGUGGUCGGGCAGUGAGCCGGUUUGGAUUGAGGUGACCAUGGAACCCGAAUAUCUACGAUUCCUCGAUCUACAGGCACAGGGUAUCCCCAUUGGCAGACCAGCCGAGGUCAACCUGCGCAACAACCAUGCCCAGUACAUCUUCACUUGGUACGGUCUUGCAGCAGCAACUUCGGUCAUGUUGUGGAUGGUUGCGAAGAGGCCUGUUUCUGCGUCCGAGGCCGCAAGGAGGGUCCGCAUGAAUAAGCAAUGGUAAACUGUAUCAACGGUGAAGUGGUAGAACCGUAUGCUCAGGUCGCCGUUCUCACCGUAUUAUCACUCCUCCCCUUCCUCUCCAUCUCCGCCUGCUCUCCUUCCCGUCGUUGUCGUUCGCCGACGCUUUUUCGGUACGACAGGCGGUGGCAUCCUUAACUCACGGACCAACUCUUGUGGUAAAUACUGGGUGGCCAGCGAGAAAAUAGUGGUCGACGAGUUGAUUUGGCGCUGCCUGUAAAGAUGAAAAAAACCCCGACCUUGUUAGACAUCAUACGCUACUCUGGAGUAUCGUGUAAAAUAUAACGUCCAAGUAAACAGUAACAAUGAGAAAAGAAAUGAUACCCCAGAGGGAACUCGAGCCUUACCUCCUCAUCACUAGCUCCAUGUCGCUUUCGUUGAUGACUUUCCGCCCAGCAUGUGCUGCAUAGACAGAGAGAUCUUCGGAGACCUGCUCGAAGAACCAGUCGGAGGCUUGC